AUGUUUUUGAGCCCUUGGAAUGCCAACGGCCCCAAACAGCGGCGCACGAGUCGGCGGAGACGUCUGGGUCACUCUUGCGAUGUAUGCCAUGCGAGAAAGAUCCAUUGUGAUGCAGCCAAGCCCAAGUGCAAUUGGUGCUCUCAUCAGAAUUUGCCGUGUACCUUUCGCAGACAUCGUUCCGCGAGUCUCAAGAGCACAAGGUAUGUUCGGAUGCUGGAUUGCACGGAAACCCCUCCAUUCAGCCGAGGGUGGUUCCCUCAGGAUCGAGCAGUAGAAACAUGGGCCCCGACCUUUGCUCGAAAUCUCCAAUCUGCAGGACGUCAUCUGGGCAACAUCUGCACCUUCAGUGGAAUGCACGUGUUGUCUACAAGCAGUCAAGAAUGGAUGAAAGCAUGUACAGGGGAGGAGCUCCAUCUGGAUCGAUAUCACAGUGCUCAAGUUUCUUGGUGGCAGCAUUCACCGCCGACAGAAUCAACACCCCAGGGCCUGCUUUCCAGCGGCCUCGACUUACCGGAACCCGCCUUCCUGUAUGAAGAGCUAAAGCACUACCAGUCAUCAACAUUCGGGCUCUUUUUCCCGAUCCUGGACCCAUCUCUGUUCGAGAGCACCGUGAGGGCCGCAUGCUACAAUGAGACCUCGGCAGCAUCGCCCGGCCUAAGCAGUGCCAAAGCAUGCGUAUAUGCCUUUCUUGCGCUUGCACCUACUGUGGUCCAUGGGUCAAGACUGCAUCGUCUCAAAUCUAGCCUUGAAUAUGCAUGUGAAGCGUACCGUCUGUUACCAGAGAUAUCCAAAGAGCCAGUUAGCUUAGAUGGUCUACAGACGCUCUUAUUACUCGGACUCGCUGGGGACUUUUUCACUAUCGACCAUCUACUCUCUACAGCCUCGCGAUUCAUCUAUCACCUAAAGGCGAACUUAUCCCCUCGUACAGUCUGGGAAAAUCCAACCUCCCUUGAAUACCAUGCGAGGCAUCUAUUCUGGAUAGCCUACAUCUGCGACAAGGGUUUCAGUUUAGUGACGGGUCUCGCUCCAGUGCUGGAAGAUGCCCAAUGCGACCUUACGCUCGCUGCUAUUCCUAGUGAGCUCGACCGACCGAAGGGACGGUUGCAUCUUUACGGGGACCCAUACCCAGGCUCCUAUGUUGAUAUGUACGCCCGUCUAGCUUUAAUCCAAUCGCGAAUCUAUCGCGAUCUGUACACACCGAGUGCUUUGAGGAAGCCCGACGCAGAUUUGCUGCGAACCAUCCGAGACUUGGAUCAUGCCAUUGAAGAGUGGAGGGAGUCGAUUCCUUCGGGAAACCAGCCAUCUCUUAUCACCAGUGCGCCUCGGGACUCCGAUAUGAGAUAUUCCAUAUUUCAUCUGCAAUAUCAUCACUGCAUGAUCAUGAUUCACCAGGCUAGCAGCCGAUGUGCAUCCUGGGAGCAAAACCAGGACACACGAGGGACGAGUUCAAGCCUGGCAAUCUCAGUCGCAGCCAGUCGAUCCUUUCUGGGAGGCUUCCUGUAUUCUCAGCUUGAGCUGGGAUCUCAAAAUCUUUUGUUUACCCUCUCAUAUUUCCUCCAAGCCAGCAUUAAUCUAUUCUGCAAGAUCCUGUCUCGGCCACUGGAUAACGGAAACCAAGAGGACUUGCACAUAAUCGGUAUGAUCUCUCAGCUCAUCGCCAAACACCACAGGGACGAUGAUCCAGAAUGCUAUACAGCGAAGAUCACGUUUGCUGGGGGGGUUAUCGGUGAGUUAAAACGGCUUGCGCAAUGUGCCAUCGACAAGGCCACCCGAGAACAAGACCAAGUGGUGGGCCCACAAUGA